AUGGGCCAUGAAGGUGAUGGUGGUGACGAGCCGCCACAUCCGUUCGGUGGAGAUUUUGGUGUUCACCAGAUUGAUGCUGUACCUCCCAGACGAAGAGGCAUGACAGUAAACAAGAAAAUGCAUCGGCUAUAUGAAGCAAACGGCAGACAACCUCUAAAAAUAAUAUUUGACAAGAAUACUUUUGUGCCGAUUGGGGUUUUGGUUUAUACUUUUGAAUCCUACUGCUUCAAACUUCUCGAAACUUUCAGGUAUAUGAUGACUCAGCAAAGAGGAGAGACGAUGGAUAGUGAUCCUGCAUUUGAUGAAUAUAAGUGCAGGGUUUGGAAGAUAAUUGCGUUGGUGUUCGUGCACAUAAUGUUAGUAUAG